CUCCCCCCACCUGCAAUUUUUUUUUAUCCUGGGCGUGGUCUCCAGAAAAAGAAUCAUGCCUUCAAAUGUGGAGAUAAAAGCAAGGCUGCCAGGUAAACUGAGAGCUCUUACAAUUGUCAAAGAACUCAGUGGAGCAGAAGGUGCAUUGUUGGAGCAAGCUGACACUUUUUACCAUGUUCCACAUGGCCGAUUAAAGCUGCGUGUUGUUGGAAAAUCUACUUCUGGUGAGCUCAUCUCUUAUAUUCGACCAGAUGUGGCGGGGCCUAAGCUAAGCACGUUUACCACAUCCAGAGUUGAGAAUGCCACUGCAUUGAAUUUGGUACUUUCUGAAUCUCUGGGAAUUCUUGGAGAAGUAAAGAAGAAGAGAAUGCUGUUUAUAGUUGGCCAGACAAGAGUUCACAUCGACUCUGUUGAUGACCUCGGUGACUUCUUAGAGCUUGAGGUAAUGAUGUGUGAAGGCCAAUCUAUAGCAGAAGGGCAAAGCAUAGCAACAGAUAUGAUGAAAAAACUUGGAGUUGACGAAAAAGACUUGAUAACAGGAGCUUACAUGGAUUUGUUGUGUAAAAAAUAAAAAUAUCUAAAGACAUUUUGUCCACUUCCACAAUUGCUACAUGCUACAUUCCUUAAUUUUUUCUGUAUGAAGGCUGGCCAGCCUGCAGUCUAAUGAACUCUAAAAGUAGGCCAUAAAGGCCAACACGCUUUUU